UUAUCACAACAUGCAGGAAAAAAGUGACACCAAGUUAAAAAAAAUGUAUUUUUUAAGACUGGUCGGAACAUUCUGUGCUACUUGCACAGCAACCGGCUUUCAUUCGCGUGUGACCGACAUUUUUCUGUUUAUUUUUGAAAAAUUUGUAUAUUUUCGUGUCAAUUGUGACACGAAGCUUGGUUUCUCAUGUGGAAAGGUUUUACAGUUAAUAUCAGUUUUAAGUUGAAUUGUGAUUCAAUCUCUGUUUUCGCUUCCUUAUAUAAAUAUGAGUAAGAUUGAACUGAAAUAAAAUAAACGCGCUCAUGGAUUCAUGGAUCGUACGCUCUCCUAUUUUCUAUAUUUCUAAUUUCAUAUCGCAAACAAACUUGAUGAAAUCCAUUCGAUGGCGGAAUAUGGAUAAAUUGAAACAAAGAUGCGAUCAUGACAAAGAAAUUCUCCCAUUGGACGGUUAUUUUGGUGGUGCGCUAAAUCAAGUUUUUUUGAACUUCACAAAUUUUGUCGCUUACUUCUGGCCGAAUUUUUAAGGUUUCUUCGUCUUAUCCUUUUCAUAGUUUAUUUUUUACUCUCGGGGGAGCUUAAUGGAAUUCAGACAAGGCGGCAAGUAAAAGCCAUUUUGGAAAAUUGAGUUAACAGUGUCAAAAUAUGCUUCGCUGUUUGAAAAUUACUUAUUUAAACAACGAGCUACUGCUUUACACAUAAACUAUCGGAAUCUUUGUGGAACAUUUAGCGAAAUUCAAUAAAACUGAAGUAAUCACUGUAGGGUUGAGUGAAAUUUAUGUGAAUUUAGCUUAACCAUAUCUAAUUGAAGCUGAUGGUAGCAUGGUUGAACGGCAGGGGUUUUUGUUCCGCUGACAUUUCGGAAUAGUGACAGACCCAAUUACCGCGUUUUAAUUUGAUUGCUGCUUGCUUUACAACAUCUCAAAUGCCGGUCAAUGAUAUAAGUGACCCCAUUCUCACCACAACACUAUCAGACACAGACCAGAUAGAGUGGUAUAGUGUCUGAAUAGGAUCAGCCGCAGCCUCAAUCCGCUUUAUGGUGCUUUAUGCUCUCAGAAGCGGUCGCCAGUGCGAAACUCAUUCAGACUGAAGGCUAUUAAUUCGGAGCUUUAAUUCGACACCACCGAACCUGCAGCUUCUAGUAUUUUUUCACGUCAAGCGCACAUACAACUUUAUUUUUCGAUCAAACUUGUUGUAGCGCAUAACCAUUUCCCAGAUUUUACAUGGCAGCUGGAUAUAAAGUGGAAAGUGAAACGUAAAUAUUUACUAUCCCCAUACGUGUGCGAUUGCAUUUGCUGUUAUUUUCUGGCCGUUUUUUUAAUUCGUCCUGGCUUAUUAUUAAAAAUUGAAGUUGGACGGCUUCCGUGUCGGAGUGUUUUUUAGUAAUACAGUGCCUUUUCCUUUUUUCUCCCAUUACAAGUCAAGUCACUGCUUUUUUCCUCCGCCGUAAAGCAGGAAUUAUCAUAAGAUUAUCUUGUUAUGAUCGAGAGGCAAAUUUUGUAUAUGUUUCAAAAAAAUCUCAUUUUUAUUGUUUGCGAACAAAGCGACUGUAAAGCAGGUUUAGAAUUGAAUCUCUCGCUUUUUUUCUACAGCAAAACUGCUUGAAUUUAUAAUUGGCCUUAUACCCCUUUUGAAUGAAGACUAUCGAAAACCAUUUACUUAUUGCAAAAGAAUUGUCAACAUAUUUAAUCAGCCGCCUUUUAAAUUUUCAAAAGAAAAUUAUUACGGUUUCGUGAAGUGUUUUAAGUUGGAGUUUUACUGCAAUAUUUUACUGUCUUCGAAUUCCUAUGGAAAAAUUUAAAAAGAGAUUGCAACUGCAUCACAACAAUCACCUCGUCGUUCCAAACAACAACACCUGUGCGAAUCUGUUGGGACCAGAAACAGCUUCAAACAACUCAAACUACCGACCAACUUAUCAGAACAAUCAGACCUCUUCUCCGCUAGUAAACAACGUUCCAAACCACGGCAAUACCAGUUGCACCAAUAUCAACAACAACAACAACAACAGUACAAAUAGCAACAAUAGCGAGAACAAUGGCUCACCCCACUCAUCAAUUUUUACUCCGCACUACAUUUCGAACAGUAAUUCCCAUCAUCCGUCCAAUCACUUGCACACCAGCAGGAGGACCAGUGGCAUCACUCACAACCUCAACAACAACAGCAGCAGUCCAGCCAACCUGUUGCCCCCCAAACUCUCAAUGUUCGACCAUGGGGCCCCUUCGCCCACUGACCCGCCUUCGCGUAAGCACAGCAUCAUCAGCCGCCUCAGCAUUCCAGACAGUAUUCGGAGGGCCUUCUCCAUCGCCUCAGUCCAGGCAGCGCCUCCUAGGCUGGUGACUACUUGUGGAAAAAGGAAUAUUGGGAUCAUCAACGUGCCUUUCAGCGCCAGACAGCUAAACAAUGCAUUCCGAUACAUGGUCAAUCUACACUGGGCACUUCAGAUGUGUCUCAUUGCAGGGGUGUUCUUCCUUUCUUGGUCUGUUUUCGGACUGCUGUGGUGGACUCUGCAUAGUACUCAGGGACACCUGAUCAAGAGUGAGCAGUGUCUGGCCAAUGUGGACUCCUUUUAUGCCGCUCUCCUUUUCUCUCUCGAGACUCAGACUACGAUCGGAUUCGGACACAGAUACGUCAACAGCAGCUGCCACUCCGCGGUGAUGCUGCUGUGGCUGCAGAUGAUGGUGAGUAUGGUGCUGGACAGUACCAUGAUAGCCAUCAUCCUGUCCAAGAUCACACACCCCAAGUGGAGGCAGUCUACCAUCUACUUCUCCGACGCACUCUGCAUAUCCAAACGAGACGACGAAUACGUGUUGUCGUUGCGUGUGGCAGACAUGUCAACGGGUAGCAUGCCGGAGGCACACGUGCGAAUGUAUCUGGUCCACUCCACCACAGACACCCACGGGAACAAUUGUCUGCUGAUGGAGGACCUGGAUGUGGGCUAUGACUGUGGGAGAGACAGACUGAUUCUGCUGGUACCCUGGAUCAUAGAGCACAGGAUAGAUGCAGAGAGUCCCCUCUUCAAGAAAUCCUGGCAUGACAUACAAUCUGUGCACUUCGAAGUCAUCGUGCUCCUCGAGGGAGCGGUUGAAGAGACCGGGAGCACAGCGCAGGUUAUCCAGUCCUACACUGCCUCAGAUAUCAAGUGGGGCUACAACUUCGCCAGCAUGCUCACCCGAAAGGGCAACAAGUACCUGUCCGACUUCGACAAACUCAACUCAGUUAUCGGACAGUCAGACAUGCCCACCUGUUCACUGUAUGAACUACUGGGAGAGGAUGAUUUGAGUGAGAGUGAAGCACCUUCAGUCAUGCGCAAGAGGGCAUUCUCAACCAUAUACGACAUACCACCCACCCUAACCGAAGAAACCAACGAGGACGCGUAGACAAAUAGUUACGUUUGGCUGGCGCUGACUCACUAUGAUUUAGCACUACUAAUCUCGACAGUGGAGGAUCGAAAGCCUUAAGUAAAUGAUGUAAAUGGGCGGAUUUCAACGCGAUAAGUGGAUUUAAUGAUUUUAGCCUUCAAAACUCCAGAAAGAUCAAAGUGAAAUGAAUAACGUAGACUUGUUAAUUAGGACUCAAACAGUGUUGUAUAUGUUUUCGGAAAGAAGCACUAAAAUUUUGAACUCACUGAUUUUAAAUUGAUUGAUUUGACUAUUUUGUAAUGGCGGUAUUUUGAGUCUAUUCGAAUUUAUUUUU